ACCGUUUUCGACAUGUUGAAUUUUUGCUGAAAUUUAUGACUCAACACAUGUUGUUGGCAACUUGCUCUCAUGUUACUCUAUGUGCAGCGAUAAACCGUUGACAGCAAAUACGCAGCAUAUUGGCAGCAAAACGUGCUGAAUUCAUAUGAUGUCCAAAGAGAAAUGAGACAACACCUUGUUCUAAAUUUGCUGAAAACUAAUGCCCUUUGUUUUCAACAACAUUACAGCAACAACACAGUCAAGUGGCUAUCAGGGUUAUCUUGUUCUGAAAUUUCACUCCAUCACUUUGUGUUACAUCGUUGAAAUCAUUGACAAAAGUAUCAAAAAACUGAUUAGCGCUGUGAGGUUUUGACGGUGCUUUAUAAAUGCCAAUUAUUUCCGGCAUACUUCUAGGUAUGUUGGCAAUUCGGCAUUGAAUGGGCCAAAUUUGAUUUUUUCCGUGUGUACCUAGUUGCGCACCAUCGGUGUUGAUGUCAAUUUCUAAUAUAGUAUAGUAGGUAUUAAUUGUGGAUGAGUAAGUGUCAGUGUUCGUAACAAAGCUUAUUCAACACCAAUGUGCAGAUAUUCACCGGGGCUUACUUUUAUCAAUAAAUUGGAUAAAACGCGUGGGGUACAUAAUGUUCUUAUAUCUUUCGGUAAAUAAGAUAAGCAUUCAUGCAUUCUAAUGACACUGCAGAGAAUACGAUUUCCCUGAACAUGAUUAACAUCAAAAUGUUGACUGCAAGUCGACUUUGUAUAGACGUCUGCAAACGUCUUUCAAAUGUCGACUUUAAGACGUCUUGAAAAAGACAUUUUAAAAUUGCAACUAUAAAAGUUAAUUAUAAGUUAAUUACUUUUAGCAUUUGCUAAAUUAACAGUGCAGUUAUAUUUGUAAACGACAAAUAAAAUCGGUCGGCCGAUGACGCCACCGUUCAGUGCCGAGAGUUACGCGCGAUUGCUCCAAUCCAUCGGCGCAUUGCGCGUGCUCGAAGCUCAUCGUUUCCGGAGUAAAAAAGAAACAGACUCACUCUCUGUGUGCUGUUGCUCGCCGGCACCGAUUUCAUUUCGUGUUAUUGUGAACGAGAGAGAGAGAGAGAGAGAGAGAGAUAAACCGGAGUAUACAUGUGCCAUAUUGGGAAACCGGAGUAUACGUGUGCCAUAUUGGGAAACCGGAGCACGUAGCGGUGUCGAGUCGGUGCCGAGUUUGGUUCGUGUUACUGUGAACGAGAAAGAGAGAGAGAGAGAGAGAGAGAGACAAACCGGAGUAAAAUAACAAAUGUGUGUAUUGGGAAACCGGAGCACGUGACGGUGUCGAGUCGGUGCCAAGUCAACUAUAAAUGAUUCUUUUCAAGGAGCUCGGAAAAUCGAGAAGAAAUCAGCAGAUAUCUCAUCGGAUGCUGAUACUGAUGCUAUGCGUGCUGCAUUUGAUGAACCAUCCAAACGGCCGAAAAAAGCUAGAAAACUCUCCUCCGAUGAGUCUGACACCUCUGAUGCCAGUUCCUGUAAUAUGCCACCAAUUUCCCAACAACGUAAAGAAAAUACACCAAAAACAUUUUCCACGAUAUCCCUACCAAAAUGUUCGUACAUUAAAUCAAAGCAACGAUGCGAAGGUAAUUUAACCAAGGCAUCACAAUCACAAAUGAAUAAGUGUGCUACAUUCUCAUCCAACUAUGAAAAGACUUACUCUACUCCGAAACGGAUCAAUGAUUUGAACGAAAAGCAACACAAAUCUAAAAAAUUGUCCGGCAUCUCGUCAGCUAAUUUUGGGAAAACCAAGCCUACAAUGAUGGAGCGUCAUCAAGAAUGGCACGAUGAAUGUUACCUAUCUGACAUACAAGAAUCUAAUAGCUGGUGUCAAGACCUUUCCAAAACACUAUAAGAAUGUUUAUUUUCG